GAAAUACAUGUGAAAUAAAGAAUUCUAUUAAUUUUAAUUUUGUUCUGGAAAACACGGGAGCACAAAGCUUGAAGGCACAACUUCCAACAUUUUUGAACAUCAAUUUUGACAAGUUUUAGUUCUAUACAGGUCAUUCCAGUCUGUAUUUAUGAUAAAAAUCAUCUCCAUAAUGAGUGAGCAGAUGGUCAAGAAUCAAAACGACACCGACGUCGAUAAGUCACAUCAACAACAUGACACCGACUCCAAAGUGACUGAUACACCGCAUCAAAUUGCUGUUGCUUUAGACGCAAUUUCCCUAGGCUCUAACGAAUGUCAGAUUCGUUCGCCAAUUUUCAAGCUGAUCAACGAUUGUUGGGAAUUAAUCUUUGAUUGGUUAUCGCUGAAAGAAUUGCAUUCGUUUGGUCGAACGUGUAAACAUUUCCAACGACUAACUGGCGAAUAUUUCAAGUGGAAAUAUCAAAACGUAAAUUGUAGUCUGAACAAUCACAACUAUAGAAACGUAGAUUGUGGUGUGAACGAUAGCAAUGUGAGCUUUGAGUACAUUGCUGGGAACGAAUUGGUUGGUUUUAUUCCAUUCAUCCAAAAAUUGUCUUUGGGCAACCUCAAACUGGACGCAUCAUUCCGUUACGUUGUAGAAAAUAUCAAAUCAAUAAAAUCCAUGGAAAUUUUGAAUGCUCGUUUUUUAGACCUCGAUCUUAAACUGAUGAAGAACAGUCUGAGUAGCGUUGAAGUGGUGAAAUUUGUUAAUACAUAUAAUCUUGAUGGUACAUUUUUCGAAACAUUUCUUAAAUUAUGCGUGAAACUAAAGCGUUUAACAAUCGAUACAAAUGCAGGGAAUACUUGGUUACUCCAUAAAUAUCCGACAUUACAAUAUUUGAAACUAACUCAUUGUGAUACAUUGGUUAAUGGUGAACUGACAACAUUUUUUCAACAAAAUUCGAAUGUACGUAGUUUUUCGACAACCGAAAAAAUCCUUAUGCAACAUCGUGACUCAUUUAUUGCAAAUAACAUUGAAUUGGAUGACCUGACAAUUUUGCUGGUGGAUGAUAUGAAUGAAUUUUGUGUUGUGAUGAACGAUCUGUAUCGACGGGGUGUUUAUAAACGUUUACACUUGAAAACGGCGACGACAGAAUGUUUGGAAAAUUUACCGGGACUUGUAACAUUGCAUGUUGAUACAAAUGAUUACGUGGAAAUGCCAAAAUUGGAUGGUGUGACGGAACUUGUGUUCCAACCACACUAUAAUGGACCGGUUUGUAGGAUGAAUAUGGAGGAAGUAUCAAUGAACUUGAAAAAUCUCGAACGAAUUUUUACACCAACAACAAAUGAAGAGUAUAUGAGUGCAUUUAUCCGGAAUUCGGCAAAGCUGAAGGAAAUUAAAACGGAUAGCAUUAGUCCUCACGGUAGUCACGGAAGAUUACCGAACGGCGGUAUUAACGUGGUAGCCAUGAACAAUGAACGGAAAAAAUUGAAUGGCGCGCAUAAGGUUACGAUCUAUCUUGAGGAGAAAGAUUAUUUGGCGAAAGAUCAUGAGGAGAGAGAUUAUUUGUCUAUUAAAUGGAAUCAUAAUAAAACAGAUUUUGGAUUGAUUGAGGUGAAACGCAAAGAAUCGUAUGAGGGUGUUUGGGAUCACACAUUUGGAUAUUAUUAAGAGAGGAAGUUUGUUUACAACAAAGUUUUUUUUAUUGUUAUUUAUAUUGAAUAUGAAGACAAAUAGAAUGAAAUAAAAUAAAAGAAAACUUUUAUAUGGAUCCGUUUGAAGCAGAAAAAUCACUUUCAAGCGAAAUUAAAAAAAAAACAACAACCCUAAUACUAAAACUACGAAAAGAACAGUAAAUGUCAUGACUAUUAUUAGUAUUAAUUGGUUAAAUAAAGUAUAUAUUGUGCUGAGAAAAUGCUAGCAAAAAUCA